AUGGGAGGAAAGGAAACCAACGCCACAUUUAUACAUCAUUUGUCAACGACUCAUAUACCUGAUACUCGUGGUUUGGAACAGUUAGGUGCACAAGGAACCUUGCUACAAGAUCUAGAAGAGCGUAUAAAGCGUGAACGUGUCAGAUAUCAUGCUAUGUGGGAACACUUAACAACGAAACGUUCACCGGAUACAAUAAAUAACCAAACGAUUAGUAGUACAACUGGUACGAUAUCAUCGACUAAUUCAAUUGCAUCACCUGUUAUUAUCAGCAAUGAUAAUAGGAAUGAUCCAUUUGUCGAGCAGCGACCAUCACCUGCUUCAUUAUCGACAUCAAUGAAUCUAACCGAUGAUAAUCGUUUAUCAUCAUCAUCAUCAUCUCAUCAUCAUCAUCAUCAUCACCAUCAACAGCAGCAAUCUCAGCCUCAACAAACGCAGCAACCUCAACAACAGCAGCAACAAUCAGCAACAUCAUCAUCACGUCGACGCAUUUGUGAUAAAUCAAUCAUUCCAAUAUCUUCUGAUAUAACUAGGAAUCGUGAAUUCUAUCGAAAUAAUGAUGUACGUCCUCCAUAUACAUAUGCGUCAUUAAUUCGUGAAGCAAUUAUGGAAUCGAAAGAUUGUCAACUAACAUUAAAUGAAAUUUACCAAUGGUUUACCGAUACAUUUGCGUUUUUUCGACGAAAUGCCGCUACAUGGAAGAAUGCAGUACGUCACAAUUUAUCGUUACACAAAUGCUUUACAAGAGUUGAACAAAAUGUGAAAGGUGCAGUGUGGACAGUGGAUGAUACAGAAUUUUAUCGUCGACGGCAGCAACGUGGUACAAUUACUCGAAGUACACCAACAACACCAAAAGCUGCAGAUAAUUCUUUAAAUAUUCUUGCAAGUGCUGUUGCUUCAUCGUUAACAAAUGUCGAUUUGCGUGCAGCAACUUCAUCACCAGUAUCUGAACAGCAUCAGCAGUUCGAUGAUGAUGAACAACAUUUGGAAGAAAUCAAGGAGGAAAAAAGAGAACAUGAAGAGGAAGAGGAAGAAAUCAUAAAAAAUGAUGAGAAAAGAACCAUAACAGCUACAGUAACUGCACAAGAAGCAAGCACUGUCGAUUCACAAGGUUUGUUAAAAAUGUUUAUCAAGCAAGAAGAAGAAUCAAGUCCAAAAUUGGUGGUCGAUGAAGCCUCUUAG